AUGGAUUUGAACUCACAGAAUAGUGAAAGUAAAUCAUAUGAAGGAAAUCUUAGUAGAAGUAAACUGUGUGAUGGAAGGAAAGAGCAGCAAAGCCAAAGGAGUAACAAAUGGAAGAGCAACGUGUCUCGAAAUGAAGAAAUGGAAAGUGGAAUUAUAAACGAUGAAGAAUUUCAAAGUCUGUUUCCCUCUAACGGUACAUGUAGUGAUGACAUGAAUUUUUAUUCAACUCAAGUGAAGAACACGGAGUGCAGUUCUUCAAAUUGUGCAAUAAACAAAACCAAAAAUGGAGAUCAAAAUGGAGUUCAUAGCUUUAACCAGAAUUAUGUGCAGGGCUAUGACCAUGGAUUCCAGAGAAUCGAUAACUGCAAUCAGAACCAUGGAGAUGUGAUACAAUCACUUUGCAUUAAUGAAAUAAAAAGUUUAGAUGAAGACGAACUGUUUGACAACACGAAGCAUGUAGAUAAAGAUGAUCUUAUAACAAAACUGCGAAGCAAGUUGCAAAUGAAAAUAAAAGAUUAUAAUUUAGUAAUGGAUAUAUUAAUUAGGACGAAGGAAGAGUGUUCAAGAAAAAAUGAACAAGUGAAAGAAUUGCAGAAAAGGAAUAAUCAAGUAGAAAAAGAAUGUGCUAAUUUGAAAAAUGUAAUCGAAAGAAAAAACAUCGAAAGUGGUUUACAUAAUGGGGAGGUAGUAGCAAAUGGAAGUGGUAUUGGUGAAGGAGGUAGUAGUUAUUUUUCAUUUUACAAGAACGAAUACGAUGAUAUGAAAAUUAAAGUGGCAACAAUUGAAGAAAGAUAUAAAGAAAUAAUACAAAAGAAUGAACACUUGACUAUUGAACUUAACAAUUUGAUGAAAGAAAAACAUAAAUAUGAAUCAGAUAAGAAUAACGAAAUAGAUAUAAUAAAAACGGAAAAUUCAAAAUUAAAAGAAAAAGUGGAACAAUUAAAAACAGAAAGGGAAAAGUUAUUUAAUAAAUAUCUCCAAUGUGAAAAAAACAAUUUUAAAAUUCAGAAAGAAGCCAAGGAAGAAAUAUCUUCCCUUCGUGAUAUAAUUACUAAGGAAGAGAGUUUAAGGAAAAAUUCUGUGGAAAAUUUAAAUAAAGCUAAGGAAAUAUUAACAAAAUCACUUGCAACUUCUGAAGAUAGUGUUAAAAAAUUAUUAGAUGCAGAAAAAGAGAGAGAUAAAUUUAAAGAAAAAAAUGAAAACUUAAAAAGAAAUCUACAACAAGUUAGGUGCAAAAUGGAUAAUUUGAAAGAGGCCUUAAAAUAUUUUGAAAAAAUGUAUAAAAAAGUUGUAGAAAAAAACAAUGUCAUUUUUUCCGUAACACACGAAUUUUUAAACACACGAAGUUGUAAUGUAAUUAUACUGAGAAAAAAUAGUGAUAUUAAGCACGUCUGUGAGAAGUAUGAAAUUGCUUCAAAUCUGUUUGAGGACAUUAAUUGCUUCUCUGCAUUGUACACGUAUGAAGUAAUUUUUAAUACCCCUCAACCGGAUUCAGACGACUUGGAAGAUACUGGUGAUUGGGAAGACGAGCUAGAUGAGAAGGAUUCUCAUGAUCCACACCAAUCGAAUCAGUUGAAUCAGCUGCAUAACCCACGUAAUGCACAUAAGACAAGGAACAGAGCACACCGUAGUAGUAAAAAGUACAUAAAAAUUAAGAAGGAAAAAUUUAAAAGUUUAAAUUAUCUGCUGAAUGAGGCACAGAUAAAAAUUAUUGCUCUUUCUAGAUCAAAUACCAACUUUGAAAAAUAUUGUGCUAAUGCAAAAAAUUCUAGGAUAAAAGGUGACCUUAAUUUAUUUAAAAGAAAUAACUACAUUGACGACCCGAUUAUGUUACAAAAUGAGAAGAUGCACAUUGAAAAUGUUUUGCACGAAAAGUUAGAACAGCUGAAAUGUGUAGAAAAAAGAGUUAAAGAGAAGGAAAAUAUGAUACAAGCAUUUAAGGAAGAAAAUUUUAGACUCAAGUUAGAAAAAGAAACUUUUCUUAAAGUAAUUUCAUCCAUUCCUAAUUUGUCUUCCAUGAUCCACAUGAAUAAGAAUGGAAAAAAUUUAUCUAUUGAAUCUUUGAUUGAAACUACUGUGAAUGACAUUGUAUAUCAGCAUGUUAAAAUUGGCAUGAGCAACCAAGAUUUUAAUGAAAAAACACCAUCCAAGAUGAACACGAGUUCACUUGUUCAAUCAAGUGAUAUGACUACGGAUAUAUCUAGUAUCAAUGUGGAUGAUAGUAAAAGUAUUUUUAAGAGGACUCUUCCAUUGAAAGCAAUAGAUGGAAAGGAAGAAAAUUGUAGACAAAUUUUAAAAAAUUUAGAAAAAUCAAUUGUUAAUAUUGAAAAUAAACAGAUUAGCUACUUCAGACGUAGCGAUUUAUUUCAUUAUAUGGAUGAUUAUAUGAUUACAUUAGAAAUGUUUCAUCGAAUAUCUAAGUACAAUGAGGAAUUCAGAAUAGAUCAUUUAUUGGAAAAUGGUUUUUCAUUCAUCUUGCAAACUUUAAAUGAAAAAUUUCAAGGGAAUAAUGAAAAGAGUUGUGUUGAAAGUGUGAUAGACACUACACGAAUUGCAGAGGAAUUGUGUAAAUGGAAGAAGAAGUACAGUGAAGAAGAACUUUUGCAUUUCUUAGAAGAAUCAAAAGUGAUACAAAAGUAUAAGCAGUUUUAUCACAACCAUUUCAUCAAUAUAAAUAACAUUUUCAACACAAUUAUAAGUUUGAACUUGUAUAGUAUGGAUGAAAAAGAGAAAAAUGUGUAUGAAAGAUAUUAUAAUUUAUUUAAUCUAAACUUUAGUAAUGUAGAAAUAUCUUUUGAUUUACUGUUAAAUAGGUUUGAGAAAAUUGUAAAAUUAGCAAAAAUGUAUGAAAAUGCAAUUACACAGAAUACAAAGAAAAUCAUGGAUAUGAAUUUAAAUGAAGCUAAUUUAUAUGAACGUGGGAAAAAACUAGAAUAUGAUGUUGAAAUUCUCUGUAAAGAAAAAGAAAAUUUAGAAAAUAUAAUUCAAAAAAAUGAACAAGAUAUGAAAUGUAUGAAUACUAAACAUACAAUGUUGGAAAAUGAAUGCAAGGAACAUAUAUGUAAAAAUAAUCUUCUAAACGGUAAAUAUGAACAGCUGAAAAAGGAAAAAUCUAUUAUGGAAAGAGAACUGUCAAAUAAGCAGAUUCGAAAUUUAAAACUGAAUGAACAAAAUGUAGAAAUGAUGAAAUUACACGAAAAGGAAAAAACAUAUCUUCAUUCAUUAAUACAGGAAGAGAAAGAAAGCAACCAAUUUUUGAAGGAAAAACUUAACUCCUUUUUUACUCUUAACGAACAGGUAAAAUAUGAUUAUGAUAUUCGCUUAAAUAAUUUGAAUGCACUCUGGGUUGAAGAAAAAGAUAAUAAUAAAAAACAUAUUUUCGAUAUUAACAAUUUGAAAAUAGAGAAUGAUAAAUUAUCACAAAAAAUUAAAGAUCUUGAGAAUAAAAUUUGUUUAAUAAAGAAUGAGUUAAACGAGAGGAUUAAGCAGAUCACUGUGCUUCGUAAGUGCAUAUUUCGCAUGUCCCCAUGUGAAGAUGCAAAAAAUGGGCAAACUUCAUCCCAUCCGAAUGGUUUAUCAGAUGUGGAAAUAGUUCAUAAACAUGCGGAUGCAAAGGGUAAUCUGGUUAAUAGUGUGCCCAGCAUUGCAACGAGUAAUGAACUGAUGCACUACACGAACGAGUCAAUUUUUAGAAAUGAAAAGGGAUACAAUUUCAUUAUACAGGAAUUUGAACACACAGCAGAACAAGAGUUAUUAAUGAAAAAGCUACAAGAUAGUAAAUCAGAUUUGGAAAAAGAAAUAAUGAAACUGAAAGGAGAAAAAGAAAUUCUUGUAGGUGUAAUAGAAACCUGGAGAUGUUUCAGUGUAUGCAGCAAAGAAGAAAUUAAGAGAUUGAAAAAUUUGUGCAAUGAACAAUUGGAAAGACACAAGGAAUUUCUUUGUCUAAACCAAUUGAAUGAAGAUAAAUUAAAACGCAUAAAUGAAUUGUUAGGAGUAGAGAAAUGUAAAUAUGAGAAGGAGAUUGACAAAACGAAGGGUAAAUUAAACGAUGAAAUUGAUAAAUUGAAAAUUGAUAUUGAAGAAAAAGUACUUCAAAUGAAAGAGUUAAAAUGUGAUUAUGACAACAUGGAAUUGAAAUUAAAAAUAUUGGAAAAUGAGAAAAAAGAUCAGUUAAAUAUUAAACAGAAGGAAGAAGAAUAUGUGAAUCUUCUUAAAAAUGAUAAAGUAAAUUUACAAAAUGAGUUAAAGGAUAUACUAGAAAAGUAUCACACUGAGGUAGAUAAUAACAAAAAGUUAAUGAACGAGAUGGAAGUUUUAAAGAACUCGUAUAAGGAAGAAAUAAAAAAAUUGAAUGAGCUCUUGACAAAUAUUAAAAAAGAUAACAGACAUUUAAAUGAAAUAUUUCAAAAACAAAUAAAUAUCAACGAUAAUGAAAUUUUGAAAAAUAGAUUAGAACAACUUGUGGAACUUAAUAAAGAAUUACAAGAAGAAUUACAUCAUAAUUGUACAUUAAGAGAAAAAGUAAAAUGUGAAAAUAGUCAACUAAAGGAAAAACUUAAAUUGGAAAAAAGAAAAUACCUACAACAGCAAAAGCAUAUUAUAGAGUUACAAACAAAUCUUACAAGUAAAAAUGUAAUCAAUGAUAAGGAUAGCGAUUUUAUAGUUAAUCUUAAAUUUAAUUUGGAAAAAUCUAGAAUUGAAUUACAAAACUUAGCGAAUGAAUUUGAAAAAGUACACUUGAAUGAAGAAAAGUACAUUAUGAAAAUAAAAAUAUUAGAAUCCAAACUGUCGAAAAAAGAAAAUGAAAAUAAAAAAAUCGAAAAGGAAUUAGAACAAAAAAAUAGCAAUAAUGUGAUUUUUAUUAACAAGAUAAAAACUGACCUAGAUGUAAUGACAGAACAAAAUAGAAUCCUUCUUAUCAGUAAGGAAGAACAGGAAAAAAAAAUAGAACAUUUGAAAAAAGAAAAUGAAUUUUUUCUUUGCACCAAAAAUAAUGAUAUCAACAUUGUUCAAAACGAGAAAUUGCAACAACAGGUAAGUGAAUAUCUUGCUAUUAUUAACCAGAAGGAGAAAAAAAUUAAUGAACUAAAUUUUGAGAUUAAAAAACUGAUGAAUAAAAAUAAUCAAAUGAAAGCAAUGGUUGACGAUGCAUCACAGAAGGAGCAUCAUGAAACUACAGAACCAGGGGAAUCCAACGCACAAAACGAGAAGACGACAGUAUCGGUGGAAAUAUACAAAUACAUAAAUGAAAACAUAGAUCUCACAGCAGAAUUGGAAAAUAAAAAUGAAUUUAUUGACAAGUUGAAAGAAGAAGUGAAAGAAAAAGAAGAUCAAAUAAGAAAAUUGAAUGAUAACAUGUCGAACAUGUCUCAUAGUAUGGAUAAAUUAAAAGAAUCUGUUAUCAUUAUGGAGAAAUACAAAAUGAAUAUAAAUAAGCAUAUAAAGGAAAAGGAUGAUAUUAUAGAAAGUUUGAAGAAUAAGUACAACAAUAAGUUAGACGACUUACUCAAUGGAUUCACACUUGGCAAGGCAACUGGAAACUUCUCGAGUCUUGAAAAUGCCAUGAGUGCAUCAUCAGAUGAGAUUUUGAACAUGUUGAAAAGUUUAUCAAGGGGUUCUUCCACUCCAUGUGUAGAUGCUCCAGGGUUAGCCGUUCCAAAUGAGAAUCUUAAUUUGUCGACAUGCAAUAACAGCAGGGAUGGAAUUGGUCCCAUGUGCAUCAAUGAACAAAUAGUAAUCAUCAAGUGUAAUAUUUUGAAGCUCUUUAAGCUUGGGUCAUGCUAUUUAUACAUUAUUAACAGGAAUAUGAAAGAAAUUCAGGUUCUGAAGAACCAAGUAAAUUCCCUUGAACAAAGUAUAGAAAGUCUAAACGAAUUCAUCAAAAAUUUGAAGAAUGAAAAUAAACAAAAUGAAAUAAUAAGAGUGAAUAAUUUAGAUGAAAUUAUUCAACUAAAGGACAAUAUUCAGAUUAAUGAAAGUUCCAUAAAAAAUUUAAAAAAUAAUUUAAAAAAUAAAGAAGAAUUAAAUAAACACAAUAUGAAGAAUUUAGGUAGAUAUAAAAGUUUUAUUAUUUACUUGAUCAGACAUAAUAUUAUAUUUUGUGACAUUUUCAAAAUUGUAAACUCGAGAAGAAAAGUGGAAGAUUCUAUCCUUAACAAACUUAGGAAUUUGAAGAAUUCUUUCCAUUUUUACAUGUACGAUUCGAUUAUUGAUGAAUUGCAAAAUUACAGUGAUAUUCCAACAAUGGAUCAAAGCGAACCAGGGAACUCUGAAUUGGAGAAGCACGAAUAUAAUAGGAGCAGUGGUGGAGGAGAUUGGUCAAACAUAAAUUACAAUUUUAUAGAAGAAACUUUUCAGAACAUUCAAAAAUUUGCUUACAAUUUUAAUUUAAUAGUAGAAAAGGGACAAGUGCAUUUGUUGAAUUGUCAAGGGGAGUGGGGGACCGAUGAGAACGUGCAUCUUCGAGAGGCAUGUUUCUUGGAUAAUCAUCACCUUUCUCAUGAUGAGAACCCAAACGAGGACCCACGUGAGAACCCAAACGAGGACCCAUGUGAGAACCCAAACGAGGACCCAUGUGAGAACCCAAACGAGGACCCACGUGAGAACCCAAACGAGGACCCAUGUGAGAACCCAAACGAGGACCCAUGUGAGAACCCAAACGAGGACCCAUGUGAGAAUCCAAACGAGAACAAAAGUGAACCCAUAGCGGAACCCUUGGAAGAAGCACAGUGCACAGAAUCGUCAUUUACUGGAUUCGAUUCUUCGCAGAAUCGCAUGUCAUAUACAAUUCCAUUGCCAGAUGAGAAGAUGCAAAGUUCCAACAUUUUACCCUCUGAAGUAUUUCCCGCGUGGGCUACAUCUAAUGUAGAUGCAAAUAUGUCCAUGAAAGGCGAGGAAAGUGGUAUAGAACCUGUAUGUCUCACCUUUGAUGAAGAAGGAAAUGCAAAUCCAAAUAUAGAAAAAAACCAACAUAUCAUGGAAAGUAUGAACAGCAAAGAGAAUCCUACUAGUGAUUCGUUGUCAAUUGGUGAAGCUAUUAAUAUGGUGCACACAAUUGGAAAAGUGGAUGACGAGAGUGGUAGAUGUACAGGAGGAGAAUUCAGCAACGCCGAUCAAGAUAACUUGGGAAAAGGAUCACAGGACAAUUUGGAACCUUUGCAUGGAGAUGUUAUGAUUCCAUCAAAUGAACAUGAUGGUAAUAAUUCUUCUUCUAAUGAAACAUUGGAAAGAUAUGAGGAGAAUAUUUUAGAAGAGGAGAUGUGUAAGGGAGGAGAGGCACAGCCAUCAUGCACUGAUGACACAUGUAUAGGCAAUGAGAACCCAGAGAAAAAUAUUGAUUGUGAUUCUAAUGAACAAGUUAAAAGUAAUGUCACUGAUUUUAUUAGGGACAUAUUUAGAGGUAUCAUUCGUGAUGCAAAUGAAGAAAACAAAUCACUCCAAGAAUCAUGUAAUGAAGAAAAUGGACAAGUAGGUAAUGAAGAAAAUGGACAAGUAGGUAAUGAAGAAAAUGGACAAGUAGGUAAUGAAGAAAAUGGACAAGUAGGUAAGGAAGAAAAUGGACAAGUAGGUAAGGAAGAAAAUGGACAAGUAGGUAAGGAAGAAAAUGGACAAGUAGGUAAGGAAGAAAAUGGACAAGUAGGUAAGGAAGAAAAUGGACAAGUAGGUAAGGAAGAAAAUGAACAAAUGAAGAAUUGUGAAUCGGUAAUUAAUCCCAAGGAAAAUAAUUUCGUUAUGAAAAGUUUAGAAGACUCUGAUACAAUUCUUGCACAGGAAAUUGCAGUGAGUGUUUCUAAGUCGUGCAAAGGAACGGAUGAUUAUGAGAAUCUAGCGAAUGAUCAAUCUUGUGAAAGAGAUAAGGAUCAAGUGGAGGAUCGAAAGAAGAAGAAGCGCUUAUCCGAGUCCUGUUGCAGUGAAGGAGAUGCCUCGAAGAUGACAUGUGUAGAUAUCAAGGAGGAUAUUUCUCUGGAAGCAUCACAAGAAGGAUUACCAAGUGGUGAAAUUGAGGCCAGGAAUGAGUUUACCUGGAGAGGAGAGUCACACAAUAUGGGAGGAAUCCCCCAUGCUCCUGCAAGCUGUUCAGCGUACGUCCACCUCAGUGGAAGUGAACUGGACGAUCAUCAAGACCGAUUUCACCAGAACGAAAUUCACCAGAAAGAAAUUCACCAGAAUGAAAUUCACCAGAACGAAAUUCACCAGAACGAAAUUCACCAGAACGAAAUUCACCAGAACGAAAUUCACCAGAGCGGAAUUCACCAGAACGAAAUUCACCAGAACGAAAUUCACCAGAACGAAAUUCACCAGAACGAAAUUCACCAAGACCAGCGUGAAGCGCAUGCGCAUGACACGUUUACGAAUUUCAUAAUGAAAAAAUUAAGUGAACCCAAGGAACACUUGGCUAAGCCAUACAGCUCGAAUUUGUCGGAGCACAAUUACGGUUCGUGUGAAAGGAAGGAAAAAAAAAAAAAAAAAAGAAAAUACAAUUCUGACUCUGAAAUGAUGAACUCCAAUUGCUACGCAUCUAUGAGGAAUUUUAAAAAAUUAAAAAAAUCUCCCCUAAAUAUAAACAGUAGUAACAUGCACGGGGAGGAAAUCCACGGGUGGGAUGGGCAAGUCUGGCAACAUGACGAUACUAGAGAAUUAGAAAAUCAUGUAGAUGUUGGAAAGGCAGAAUUUUCUCAAGAAGGUGAAAGUUAUGAAUACGAGGAGGAUGAAGGAAGGAAAGAGGAAAAUAACGUUAAAGAACAUUCAAAUGUAAAAAAAAAAAAAAACAUAUUUUUCGAGUCUGACAGUGGAAUGAACAACUCAAGAGUAUUACACAAUUACAGUGACAUUUAUGAUAAAAAAGUUUUGAUAAAUUCGAACACAAAUGAGUAUAAUAAUGCAGAAGAAAUUUUGCAAUCAGUGGAGAGGGAAAAUCAUGAAAUGGACAGUAACAGGAGUUGUUACAUUAUUUCAUCCGAUGAAGAUUGUGAAAGGAACGAUAAUAAUAUGAAUGGAGGACUUCGUGAGGAGGAGAAUGAAGAAGAGGGGGAUGAAGAAGAUGCGGAUGAUGAAGAUGCGGAUGAUGAAGAUGCGGAUGAUGAAGAUGCGGAUGAUGAAGAUGCGGAUGAUGAAGAUGCGGAUGAAGAAGAUGCGGAUGAAGAAGAUGCGGAUGAAGAAGAUGCGGAUGAAGAAGAUGCGGAUGAAGAAGAUGCGGAUGAAGAAGAUGCGGAUGAAGAAGAUGCAGAUGACGAAGAUGGUGAGGACGGACAAAUGGAUGAUUACGAGAAUGGAGAGUACGAGAAUGGAGAGUACGAGAAUGAAGAAUACGAGAAUGAAGAAUACGAGAAUGAAGAAUACGAGAAUGAAGAAUACAAAAAUGAGGAGUAUGAAAAUGAAGAAGAGGUCGAUGAUGAAUACAACACUGAAGGAGAACAAGAACAACGACAAGAAGAGGAGGGGAAGGAGAAUGAUUAUGAUGAGGAUGAUGGGCAUGAAGAGUAUAGCGCGAAGGAAAUGGGACAGGGGGAUGACGGAGAGUAUAUACAAGACGAUGAACUCAACGCAAGGGGACAACAGGAAGAAGAGAAAGAGGAAGGAGUGGUUUCAGAAAAUGAACCCAUGGAUGACUCAAACAGAAAUGGAGAAGGGAGCCCGAACCCUUAUUAUGGUGAAAACUAUGACUAUGUUGAAAAUGUCAAAAAUGAGGACGAUAUCGAAAAUGGCGAAAAUGAGGACGAUGUCGAAAAUGACGACGAAUUGAACGACGAUCUUUCACAGUCUACCCGUUUGGACAAAACUAAUAAAACAGGAAACAAUUUGCUUUUUCUGAACCCUUCAAAUAUGAACAUUACACAGGAUUACACACUUCACAACGACGAACCACACGAUGAGAAUGUGGAUCAAGCCGAGGCCAUUAGCAUAUCUUCAUCGCAUGAAAACAAUGAGGGAGAAGAUGCUUGA